AUGGAUUUCAAUAAAGUUGAUUUAACUCGAGCAGAACAAGCUACUUCUUUGUUAAUUAAUAAUGAACAACAAGAAUAUCAAUCAAGAACAUUAUUAGAUAAAAAUAAUAGACGAUAUGCUUAUUUACCUAUAUUUCCAACACAAUACGUUGGUCCAAAUGAGUGUUUACUUUUGGCUAAUGUACCAGUUAGUCAUCUUGCAUCUCAUGAACUCGCUCGACGUCAACAUGGAGCUUAUACUUCAGAUGCACUGAUGCUGAUGAAUAAGUACAAUUAUUUCGAUAGAUUUAGUUUAACUGAACAAGAUGCUAAUGAAUUUGCUAGACGAUUACAAGUAGGCAAAUCAAUAAUUACUUUCAAUGCACAACGACUUCGUAGCAUCUGUCAUACUCUUCUUGCAUUUCAUGAAUCAUUUCGACGAUAUGUUCUAUUGGAUUCAUUCUAUAUGAAAAUUUGUUCGUUUCGAGGAGCUCAACCUCCAUCUAAUACAGAAGGUUUAUUUUGUGGAAGAGAUGAACCUCAAGCAAGAUAUUCAUUGGUUCCAUGUGAUAAUAUUUUUUGGCAAUGUUAUCUUCCCUUAAAUACUUACAAGAAAAGUCAACCAUGGCCAAUUGUUAAUUUUGCUUCAAGUUCAAUGCAUCGAUUUCUCAAUGGUUAUACUGCCUAUCUCAAUUGUCCAGCCACAUGUACUACAUCGAAUAUAAUUUAUGCCAUGACAUGUCCAUGUGGUCAUUAUGAUUAUAUUGAUUCAACAACAAAAACAUUGGCUCAUGCUAUGGCUUAUCAUCGAGAACAUGGCAAUCGAAUUAUACAUGAAAAAUUAACUAGUAGUCCUCUAUUUCGAGGAUCCCAAAUCGAUCCUAAUGAAAGAGGAAAAGAAAUGGCUAAUCAAAUGCGCUUCUAUCAACAUUCAGCUCGUUGUCCAGAAACACUUUGUUCAUUUCUUGAUUGCAAUCCUAUGUAUUGGUGUUUUAUUCCUCUACCUUGGGAUGAAGCAGCAACAGAAAAUGUUGCUAAUCGUCCAGGAAAUUCUACUACAGAUCCCAAUCUGGAUGCUGUGAUAGCAACUACUGCCGUAGACAAUCUUAGGGUGGCCAAUUAUCUAGAUAAUGUACCAUUACCACCAACUUCCUAUGCCUUCUCAUUUCGACAGCUAAAACAACAGCGUCUAUUUUUCGAACGAUUUGCUACGUCUUCCAUUCAUUACCGGCCUUAUAUCAAAUUAGAUUUGUAUAACAUAGCAAUUAUCGCCGUUUUACCAGAUGAUUGUUCAAUGAUACUACGAUACAUUAUCGAAACAUUAUUCAUUAUUCACGGUGAAACUAAAUUGAAUAUGAUUUGUCCACUUGGUGAUGAUGCUGAAAAACGUUACGGUCGUCCGUAUAACCUUCAUUGGGGUGCUAAUUUGAAUCAUUCAUCAAUGUAA